CUUAAUUUUAGGCUUACUUUUUUUAAUUACUGCUAGCCUAAUACGCAAUUUUGCCAAUAGCUAGUUGUGAUCCGAAGGUACAUCCGCUCCUGGAUAUGUAUUGACCCUUUUUAUUGAGGAACAGAAGCGACUAUUUAUCAGAAUGUAAUCUAUUUGAUUUCUGAUGAUAUUAUCAGAGGCGUCCGAGGAGGAUGGAGUCAUGUGUAGAAGUUCACGCAAGUGAGGAAAGUUCUCUGAUCGCCAUUCACUUGGGAGUGGCCAGAAACGAUUCUUUUACAUAUGACUCAAGCAGCUCACGACUUCCGGCCUUUGACCAAGUAUCCUCUGGGUAGCCUAAGAACAUCCGUUUGAAGGCGAGCAAAAGUGAGAAGACGAAAUAUCCCCUACUUAGGGUUGUGCGCUGGGUUUGGGACCCGCCACGUAAAAGAACACCCCCAAUGAAAAUCAACUAUAAGCCUCGGAUGAGAGACCCCCCUUUUGAUGACGACCAUGGCAAACGAAAUAAGGACUACGAUUUGAGGGCCCUUAAUUGGGAAUUUGCCGCUGCCCAGCUGGUUGAUGUCCUCGUGAAAAUAAAGGCUGACAUCACCGCCGUCCAAGAAAUGCGAUGGACGGGACAAGGACAGAGACGAGUAGGACCUUGUGACAUCUACUACAGUGGCCAUAUAAAGGAGCGCAAGUUUGGUGUUGGAUUCGUGGUGGGAGAGAGACUCCGUCGCCGAGUACUAUCAUUCACUCCGGAGAAUGAACGUCUAGCCACAAUCCGCAUCAAAGCAAGGUUCUUCAACAUCUCGCUGAUUUGCGCCCACGCCUCGACGGAAGAGAAGGACGAUGUGACCAAAGAUGCCUUUUAUGAGUGCUUGGAGCGCACUUAUGAGAGAUGCCCCCGCCACGAUGUCAAAAUCGUGCUUGGCGACAUCAACGCCAGGGUGGACAAAGAAGGUAUCUUUGGCACUACGGUCGGUAAAUUCAGCCUCCACGAGGAAACAUCCCCAAAUGUGUUGAGGCUGAUCGACUUCGCCGGGGCCCGAAAUAUGGUUAUCUGUAGUACUAGAUUCCAGCAUAAGAAGAUACAUCAAGCUACGUGGCUGUCUCCGGAUCGAAAAACCUCCAACCAGAUCGAUCAUGUUGUGAUAGACGGAAGACACGUUUCCAGUGUUUUAGAUGUGCGUGCGCUCCGAGGUCCUAAUAUCGACUCUGACCACUAUAUUGUUGCAGCCAAAAUUCGCACCCGCCUCUGUGCAGCAAAAAACGCACGCCAACAAACACAAGGAAGGUUCGACGUCGAGAAGCUGCAAUCACAACAGACAGCCGAACGAUUUUCUACUCGGCUUGCACUCCUGCUCUCUGAGAGCACUAGCCAACAACUCGGUAUAAGGGAACUGUGGGACGGCAUUUCAAACUCCUUACGUACAGCUGCAACCGAAACCAUUGGUUUUCGGAAAGUGCAAAAGAACAGCUGUUACGACGACGAGUGCCGUGUCGCAGCGGAGAGAAAACAGGCUGCCUACCUCGCAACGUUACGAUCGACCACAACACGUGCGGGAUGGGAUAGAUACCGAGAGUUGAAGAGGGAAGCGAGACGCAUUUGCAGACAGAAGAAGAAAGAGGCCGAAAUGCGUGAGUACGAACAGCUCGAUAAGCUGGCCGACAGGGGUAAUGCUCGAAAAUUCUACGAAAAGAUGCGGCGACUUACAGAAGGUUUCAAGACCGGAGCAUACUCUUGUAGAACCCCCCAAGGUGAUCUAGCCACCGAUGCCCAGAGCAUACUUAAAUUAUGGAGGGAACACUUCUCCAGCCUGCUGUUGAGAGGAGAAUCGACACUCACCAUUUAUUCGUCGAUUUCAAAGCUGCUUUCGACAGCACGAAAAGGAGCUGCCUUUAUGCCGCGAUGUCUGAAUUUGGUAUCCCCGCAAAACUAAUACGGCUGUGUAAACUGACGUUGAGCAACACGAAAAGCUCCGUCAGGAUCGGGAAGGACCUCUCCGAGCCGUUCGAUACCAAACGAGGUUUCAGAAAAGGCGACUCCCUAUCGUGCGACUUCUUCAAUCUGCUGCUGGAGAAAAUUAUUCGAGCUGCAGAACUUAAUCGAGCAGGUACAAUCUUUUAUAAGAGUGUACAUCUGCUGGCGUAUGCCGAUGAUAUUGAUAUCAUCGGUCUCAACACCCGCGCCGUUAGUUCUGCUUUCUCCAGACUGAACAAGGAAGCAACGCAAAUGGGUCUGGCAGUGAACGAGGGCAAGACGAAAUAUCUCCUGUCAUCAAACAAACAGUCGUCGCACUCGCGACUUGGCACUCACGUCACUGUUGACAGUCAUAACUUUGAAGUUGUGAAUAAUUUCGUCUAUUUAGGAACCAGGAUUAACACCACCAACAGUGUCAGCCUGGAAAUCCAACGCAGGAUUACUCUUGCCAACAGGUGCUACUUCGGACUGAGUAGGCAAUUGAAAAGUAAAGUCCUCUCUCGACGAACAAAAGCCAAACUCUAUAUGUCACUCAUAAUUCCCGUCCUGCUAUAUGGUGCAGAGGCUUGGACGAUGACAACAACCGAUGAGUCGACGUUGCGAGUUUUCGAGAGAAAAGUUCUGCGAAAGAUUUAUGGUCCUUUGCGCGUUGGCCACGGCGAAUAUCGCAUUCGAUGGAACGAUGAGCUGUACGAGAUAUACGACGACAUUGACAUAGUUCAGCGAAUUAAAAGACAGCGGCUACGGUGGCUAGGUCAUGUUGUCCGGAUGGAUGAAAACACUCCAGCUCUGAAAGUAUUCGACGCAGUACCCGCCGGGGGAAGCAGAGGAAGAGGAAGACCUCCACUCCGUUGGAAGGACCAAGUGGAGAAGGACCUGGCUUCGCUUGGAAUAUCCAAUUGGCGCCACGUAGCGAAAAGAAGAAACGACUGGCGCGCGGUUGUUAACUCGGCUAUAAUCGCGUAAGCGGUGUCUACGCCAAUUAAGAAGAAGAAGA